AGGUGCGCUGCCCCGGCCCCGGACCGCUGCGCCUGCUCGAGUGGAGGGUGGCGGCUGGUGCGGCCGUACGCAUCGGCUCUGUGCUGGCCGUGUGCGAGGCCGCCGCCUCCGCGCAGCCCACCGGGCCCGCCCCUACCCGCGCCGGCUCCGGGGGCUGCGUGCGCACGGAGCGCAGGCUGAGGUCGGAGCGCGCGGGCGUAGUGCGGGAGCUGUGCGCGCAGCCCGGCCAGGUGGUGGCCCCCGGGGCGGUUCUGGUGCAAUUAGAAGGAUGUAGCCACCCCGUCGUCAUGAAGGGCCUGUGCGCCGAGUGUGGCCAAGACCUGACCCAGCUGCAGAGUAAGAAUGGGAGGCCGCAGGUGCCGCUGUCCACGGCCACCGUGUCAAUGGUGCACAGCGUCCCCGAGCUAAUGGUGAGCUCCGAGCAAGCUGAACAGCUGGGAAGGGAAGACCAGCAGCGACUGCAUCGCAACAGAAAACUAGUGCUCAUGGUGGACUUGGACCAGACCUUGAUCCACACAACGGAGCAGCUCUGCCAGCAGAUGUCCAACAAGGGCAUAUUCCACUUCCAGCUGGGCCGGGGGGAGCCGAUGCUGCACACCCGUCUGCGCCCGCACUGCAAGGGGUUCCUGGAGAAGAUCGCCAAGCUGUACGAGCUUCACGUCUUCACGUUCGGCAGCCGGCUGUACGCGCACACGAUCGCGGGCUUCUUAGAUCCUGAGAAGAAGCUUUUUUCUCAUCGAAUAUUAUCGAGGGACGAAUGUAUUGACCCGUUUUCCAAAACGGGGAACCUUAGAAAUCUUUUUCCUUGUGGAGACUCCAUGGUUUGCAUUAUCGAUGACCGAGAAGACGUGUGGAAGUUUGCCCCCAACCUGAUAACUGUGAAGAAAUACGUGUACUUCCAGGGCAUAGGCGACAUCAAUGCCCCGUCCGGGUCCCGGGAGCCCCAGGCGAGGAGGAGAGUCAGUGCUUCUCCUAAAGGUGCCGAUGCCACGGAGCAGCCUCCGUCCGUCAAGGAUCCCGAGGAAGGAAGGCAGGUGUCUGGGGUCGAGCAGAGCAACGGCCUCGGGAAGCCCACGAGGGAGCUCAACGGGGGCGCGGGCCCUCGGGGGGGCUGGCCCUGUCCCGGGCAGGAGGAGGAGAGGGGCGCCCGGCCCGCCGCCCGCACCCCCUCGGCUGACGGCCGGGGGCCCCUGGCGGGCACCCAGCAACACGGGCGGACGCCGCCGGAGAAGAGGCCCGUGCGGGGUCCGGUGGGCCCUGACCCGGACCCGGAUGUCCCCGGUGACAGCGGGAGCAGCAGCGAGUCCGAGGGCCGGCCGUCCCCCAUACCCUCUGAUGGGGAGAGUGGGGAGAAGAGGACCCGGAGAAAGCCUCCGGCCCCCCCACGCCACGCUGGGGACGUUGCGGCACAGGGCGGCCCCCCGGGCGCCAGUCCCUGCGUGGAGCCCGGGCCCGGCGUCCAGGCGGCCGUGCAGGGGGAGGGCGAGCGGGACGGCCUCUGCGGGCUGGGCGGCGGCUGUGCCGACAGGAGGGAGGCCGAGACGGAGUCCCAGAACAGCGAGCAGUCGGGCAUCACAGUGGGCGAGUCCCUGGACCAGAGCGCAGAGGAGGAGGAGGAGGAGGAGGAGGACGCCGACGCCGACGACCACCUGGUCCACCUGGAGGAGAUCCUCGCCCGCGUGCACUCCGCCUACUAUGCCAGGUACGACCGCUUUCUGCGCGGGGAGACCCAGGAGGCCCCCGACAUCCGGAAGAUUGUCCCCGAGCUGCGCAGCAGGGUGCUGGCCGACGUCGCCAUCAUCUUCAGCGGGCUGCACCCCACGAACUUCCCCAUCGAGAAGACACGGGAGCACUACCACGCCACGGCCCUGGGGGCCAGGAUCCUCACCCAGCUGGUGCUGGACCCCGACAACCCCGACCGGGCCACCCACCUGAUAGCCGCGCGGGCCGGGCCCCUGCUGUUCCCGCCGCCCCAAGCCCUGACGACAGACCAGUGGCCCACGGCGGCUCCGAGCAGAGUGCGUGUGCCCGCAGGCACGGAGAAGGUGCGCCAGGCCCAGGAUUGCGGGCAGCUGCAUGUGGUCAACCCCGACUGGCUGUGGAGCUGCCUGGAGCGCUGGGACAAGGUGGAGGAGCGGCUCUUCCCGCUGCGCGGUGACCAGGCCAAGUCCCAGAGGGAGGACGGCCCGGCCGCCUUUCCCGACAGGCAGGGCCUGCUUCCGACCACCCUGUUCCAUCCAACACCUGUGCAUCCCAAGGCCCCGCCUGGCCCUGAAGUUCGGAUCUACGACGCCAGCACGGGCAAGCUCAUCCGAAAGGGCGCUGCGGGCCCCGGGCCCCCCGGCUCCCUGCCGGUGCACGCGGAGCUCUCCUCCUUCAGAGCGGUUCAGCCACAUCACCAGCAGACGUUUGGUGAAGACUUGCCAGCUAAUCAAGAUGGAGAGCAGCCUGGUCCUUCUGGAAGGAAGCGCCAGCCCAGCAUGUCGGAGACCAUGCCACUAUACACGCUGUGCAAGGAGGACUUGGAGAGUAUGGACAAAGAGGGGCCACAAGAGGAAGCUGAACGAAGAGGACGCGGCCAGCGAGUCCAGCGGAGCGUCCAGCUGCGAGGACGAGGAGGGGGGCAGCUCGGAGGCGGACGAGAUGGCGGCCGCGCUGGAGGCCGAGCUCGGCGACCUCAUGUGACCGCGGGGCGGGCUCUCGACUCACCUCCGUCCCGGGGGCUGCCCUCGGGGGGCUGCCUCUCCUCCAGAGGGACAUGUCUGUUUGCAGAGCUCCACCUGCAGAAACACAUUGUUUUGCAGAAAUAGGUGUUUUUAGAAGUUUCACUACAAGAAAGCCUACUUGUUAAGGACAGCGGAGCAGGGAACGCGGCCAUGCCAAAGAUCCUGGGUGAGCCCAGAAGAGCCGCACAGCAGGACUGGAGUUUGCGGCUUGUUAUCAGGAAGGGGGGGGUGGGGUGGGGAGGUGUUUUUCCUUUAAAUACCGCAGCAUAUUACUUAGGGUGAAGGCUGGGCAUCCGACCAGACAGAGGGGUGAUGCAGCAGGAACCCAGCAUCUUCCUGCUCUUUCACAACUGAAGCUACCAGAACAUGCACAGGUUUCAAGUGAGGCCGCGCAUCGGCGUGUGACGAGGACAGGCCUGGGGCCCGCAGCUGCCCCCGGGGCCCUGCAGCUCCCACGGGCGCCGGGACAAAGGGCCCUGUGCUCGCGGGCAGCCUUUGGCUCCUUUGCGAGAUCGGAUGUAAAGUUUUGUAUAUCUAUUUCAUACGUGACCCACCAAACAGAUUUUUCUUUCAUUUAAUAAAAGUCCCUUUUGUAAGCCUU